CUCCUCUAAGGAUGAUGAUACGCUCUCGUUUGCGCCCCUCACUCCCUCACCUCCUGCCGCUGAGGGUGAUGGGUACUGCGGCCCCCCGGACGGUGGCUGCCAGGCAGCACAACCUGCUCUCUGCGACUCUGGCCUUCGAGGAUCCCAGCGCCUUCAAGGUGAAGAGCUGGGGGGAGCUGCUGCGUGCUCUGGGGGUCUUCCGCCUCUGCUCCUUCCCUGUGCUGGUGAACAACUGUGGGAAGUUUAUCUUGGGCAGUGAUGUUGUCGAGGCUCUGAGGAUUCCAUGCUGUGACAGUUGAUGCUUGAGGGCACAUGGUUUACAUUUGCAAUGCACAAAAAAAGCAGGAUUGUAGGUAAGAAAAUAAGGUGGCAAAGCAUCUUUGUCUAUUUCUCAUUCUUCUUUUCAUCCUCUCUUAGCUUAUGUCCGUAGCACGCACCAUUCUGGGGAGAAGGGGCUUUUCCUUGCUGCUGCGGCCCACCGUGUACGCUCAGUUUGUGGCUGGAGAGAGUGAGACCGAGAUCUCUCAGUCCAUGGAGAAGAUGAAGCUGCUGGGACUGAGGCCCAUGCUGGCAGUGCCCAUCGAGGAGGAUCUUGGAGAAAGCACCGGGGAGAAGAGAUAUGACGACAACAUGGAGGCCAUGCUGGAAUGUGUGCGGAUGUCGCACGGCAACACCUGGAGCCGAGAUCCAAUGAUGCAGCUGAAGGUCACAGCUCUGCUCAGCCCGGAGCUGUGUGUGAAACUCACAACCCUCAUCGCACAACAACCGUAUGACCUGAGUCUCGUCGUGAGGGCCAUGGAUGGAGAGCCAAUCAGCUUCCCUGGGUUGGAUGAAGGUGAAGUCGCCCACUUCCUGUGUGGUCUGCGGAGACUCAACAAAAUAGCAGAGGCGAGUGUGAACAAAGUCCGAGUCCUUGUGGACGCUGAGUACACCUACAUGAACCCCGCCCUCUCUCUUGUAACCAUGGCGAUGAUGAAGAAGUUUAACAAAGACAGCGCCUGGAUUUGGAACACAUAUCAGUGUUAUCUGAAGGAGUCCAGGUCCCUCCUGUUAGAAGCUCUGUCUCUGUCUAAGAGCGAGGGUUUCUGUCUGGGGGUCAAGCUGGUGAGAGGAGCCUACAUGGACAAAGAGAGGAAACUGGCAGAGACAGAGGGACGACCGGACCCUGUCCAUCAGUCCUGGGAGGACACCAACGACAGUUAUAACGGCUCGCUGGAUGUCAUGCUGAAAGCCAUAUCCCAGAAACCCGAGCGCCACAGGAUCAUCAUCGCCACUCACAACGAGGAGUCAGUGAGACGAGCCGCCCAACGGAUGGAGGAGUUGGCGAUAAACAAAGAUGGAGAUUCGGUGUGUUUCGGCCAGCUGCUGGGAAUGUGUGACCACGUCUCCCUCACACUCGCUAAGGAGGGUUACGCCAUAUACAAGUCGGUGCCAUACGGCUCAGUGGACGACACGCUCCCCUACCUGGUGCGUAGGGCUCAGGAGAAUCGCACUGUGUUGCAGGGAAUCCGCAAAGAGAGGGACCUACUGAGGCAAGAGGUAUUGAGGAGGCUGCGUCUGAGAGGCGGCAGCUAAUACUCAAACUCAUGCUCCCUGUUCGUAAAUUUGACAGUGUUGAUUGAAAGGUGAAAGGGUUGGUGUGGAGUUUUAAUUUAAAAAUGAAUUAUGAUAAAAAGGUUUUAGCUGGUUGUCAGGGGAUUAAACUUAUGAAUUAGUAACCAGAGAACAUGACGGUGAUGAAACAGUGACAGUCUGAUGUUAAAUGUAAACAUGAUCAUCACAUACAACUAGAAUAGAAAGGAAACACUGGAGGGUCAGGUUAGAUAUAAAGUAUACUUCAAAUGGAUUAAAGUAUUUUUGCUUUUUUAACUGAUGAUGAAUUAACAGCUCUACAGCAGAAGUUAAGAAACUAAGUUAAUGUCUGAUGAGGUCAAAAUGAAUGAAAUGUUCAGUAUUGAAGUGAAAUAUUUAACAGUGUCAUCUGUUUGUUAGAAGCUGUUUUAAAACCAGAGUGAACACAUGAAAACUCUAGAACAGUUUAACCAUUCAACUGAUGAAUAAAAUCAUCUGUUUGCCAAAAAAGAAAACUCAGAAAUCACUGUUUAUUAUUGUUUAUUUAAUAAGUAUUUGUCAACACUACUUGAUGUAACUGUCAGCUGACUCCACUGCCACAAACUAACCUCACUGCGCUGCCUUUCGUGUCCCAUUUUCUUUUAGCAUUAAUCUUAAAACUCUUCACGUUUAUCCAAAGAAGUUGUCAGAACCGGAAUAAAAAA